AAACAGGGGCUGACAGAUCGGCACCACCGGACGCAACCCAAUCCCAAUCAAAUCGAGUAGAGAACGUUCCUCUCCGACAGCCACAUUACCGGACCGGCCAGACAGCCUCGGCAUCAAACGGGAAAAGCUCCGACGAAGCCCCAAGAGAGGAGUCAAAAACCCUCACGGACUAAUCUAGUACGUUUUUUUAAUAUUGUUAAAUUUAUUUUCUAUUUCUUUCAAUUUUGAUAGCAAUUGAGUAUUCAUGUUUUUUGUUUUUUCAAUAAAAAUUCUAAUCAUGA